AUGAUAAAACUUAAUCGUGCAUCUGGUGUUCUUGCCCAUAUUACUAGCCUUCCUGGACCAAAUGGUAUUGGCGAUAUUGGUAAUGAAGCCUAUAAAUUUAUCGAUUUCCUAUAUAAAUGUAAUCAAAAAGUUUGGCAGAUUCUUCCUUUAACUGCCAGUGAAAAACCGUCACCAUAUUCUGGCACAUCAGCAUUUGCCGGUAAUCCAUUAUUGAUUAGUUUAGAAAAAUUAGUUGACAAUGGUCUACUUGUUCAGUCGGAUAUUGAAUCAAAUCGACCAACAUUUGGUGAUCGAAUUGAACAUAAUAAAGUAUUUCAAUGGAAACCUAAUAUAUUGAAUCGAGCAUAUAAUAAUUAUAAACAAAAUUAUUUAGGAAAACUUAAAAAUGAAAUUGAUACAUUCGCUAAAAAAGAACAUUAUUGGCUUGAUGAUUAUACACUUUAUAUGGCAAUUAAAGCUGAACAAAAUAAUCAAACAUGGUCAAAAUGGCCACAAGGAUUAAAACAAUAUGAUAAAAAAGUUUUAGAACAAAAGCGACAUGAACAUGCAGACGCUAUUGAUCAACAUCGAUUUCUUCAAUAUAUAUUUUUUCAACAAUGGCAUCAAUUAAAACGGUAUGCUAAUCAACAUGAAAUUACAAUUCUUGGUGGUAUUCCGCCUGAUUCAAUAGAGCGCCAUGGACAAUUAUGGAAUAAUCCGAUCUAUGAUUGGACUGGAAAUCUACGUAAAACAAAUUUCGAUUGGUGGACAAGACGUUUGAAAAAAUGUUUGAAAACAGUUGAUGUUCUUCGUAUUGAUCAUUUUCGUGGUUUAGAAGCUUAUUGGUAA